AACAUUUUUCUUCAUAAUUAAUUGUUUAAUCUUCAAUGUGACUAUUUGUAUAUAAUUCAUCUCACUUAUACUGACUUAAAGGUAACCGAUAAUUCUUCCUCUCUCUUUCUCUCCCUCUCCAAAGAAUCCUUUCCUUUCCUUUCCUUUUAUUGUACAGUCAAGAAAUCAAACAGAACAGCUCCUCUCUUCUUUUCCUUUUCCUUUUCUUUUAACCAUGGCAGAGAGGGUCUACCCUUCUGCUAAGCCAACCACUAAUGGCACCGCCGCCGCCCCCACCACUGCCCCCACCACCACCAAUCCUUCUUUCCCAGCCACCAAGGCUCAGCUCUACGGUGCCAGCCGCCCUGCCUACCGUCCUCAGCCCCAGCGAAAACGCAGUCGUCGCCGUUGCUUUUGUUUCUGUUGCAUCUGGGUCACCAUUAUAAUUCUCACUCUCAUCCUCCUCGCCGCCAUAGCCGGUGCUAUUCUCUACGUCAUCUACCGUCCUCACCGCCCUACCUUCACCGUCUCCGCCUUCAAAGUCUCGUCCCUCAACCUCACUUCAACUUCUCAUCUCAGUACCAAUAUCAACAUGAACAUCACCACAAAAAACCCAAACAAGAAGCUUGUUUACAUCUAUAAUCCAGUUACCAUUUCUGUUACUACAGCUAAGGAUGAUAUUGUUAUAGGAAAUGGACUGUUACCCUCUUUUGUGCAUGGAGCAAAGAACACAACUUUGCUAAAAGGAAGCAUUACAAGUAGCAAUACUCAACAGCUGGAUGAUGCCUCUGCUAGCCAGUUAAAGUCUGAUUUAAAGAGCAAGAGUGGUGUUGGGUUAAAGAUUGGGUUGGAAACAAAAGUCAAAUUGAAGUUGGGAGGAUUAAAGACACCAAAAGUUGGGAUUAGAGUAACUUGUGAAGGGAUUAAAGCAACUGUUCCGAGUGGGAAAACAGCAACUGCAGCCUCUGUUUCUAAUGCUAAAUGCAAAGUUGAUUUGAGGAUCAAGAUCUGGAAAUGGACUUUCUGAGUUGGAAAGUUAUGAUGAUGAUUAAUUUAGAAGAGAAAAGGUGUGAUGGUUGUUUUCUUUCUUAUUAAUCAAUAUGCUAUUCUUUUCUUUUCCUUCCUUUUCCAUCAGACAUAUAUAAUUUUUUUUUUUCAACUUUUUCUUUGUUGGUCAUAUAUAUAUAUGUUUUGUAAAUUGAAGAAAGUUUGGAGAUUGAUUGUGUUAGGAGAUGGUACUUUCAUUUGUUAUAUAAAUUUUAAAGAUUUUUUUGUUUA